UGCAAGAGAGAGUGAAAGGGAUGAAAAAAGAGUAAAGGAAUGGCAAGAAAAACACAAAAUAGGCACAGAAAGCAGUGAGAGAGAGACAGAAAGAUCUAAAAAGCAGUGGGUUACCCCGAGCUACAACACACUAGAUAGCAUUCGGUUAACAACACAAAACAGACCGAGAUCAAACAUCCAACCUUCAGUAAAACAGAAUACACCAACACAAGUGAGAAUUUCAUCUUCCAAAGUCAUUACUUCACAUUCAUCCACAGGCAGAAUGAGAGAAGAAGUCGCACAGAAAGAAAAUAAAGACAUACACAAGCCAAGAGUAAAGCCUGAGAUCCACAAUUUCCCUAUAAUGGAGCCAAUUCACCCCUGGCUCCAUCAGAACAACCAGGGAAGAGGGCAAGAUACCAUUUCCAGGGCAACACACACAAACCAAGAUGGAAAUACAGGACGACGGGGUGAAGUGAAUCCUGGCAGGAAUCCCCAGCCUCCUAGAGUCUCCCCGAAUUUCCACCGGCCAUCACAGAAUCAGCAUCAUCAUUACUACCCCCACUACCCUUCCUGGCCAGAUCAGAGGUCAUUUCCUCAUCAAAGCAAAGGUCCAGGGUCACACCCUGAGCCCACCCAUCGGCCCUGGCCACUCCACCACCCCUGGGUUCCAAUCCCAGCUGUCACCAACAGACCUGAAAUCACAGCUGACACUGUCAAACCCAUACCGGCAGUUUCUGAAACAACAGGAAAUUCCAGAUUUACACUCUCCAAUUCAUACCUGACACAUCCUCAUCAUCAAAAUCAUCUUGUGGAUAGUAGGCCCCAAACUAGAGAUCAACUAGUAUCAAGGCUAAGGAACAGGUACAGACAGGCACAGCUUGAUCGCAUUGCUCAGCUUGGCAGGAUGGUGACACCCAAACCUCACUCUAGCUACCAUGAUCCUCUACUCCUCAUUACACCUAAGCCCAACCCUCCCUCUCCACAUAGACCCUUCAUCCCCAAACCACCAGCACCUACCGCUUCUUACACUAACACCCAGCAACCUCCAAAUCCUGCUAAGCCUUCAUUAUCAUCACUCCCUGGUUUCAUCUUGGCACCUCACCCUUACCACCCCACCACCCCUGGGGUUCUGUAUGAGGGUCAGCAGCCCAUUGGAGCAGGAAAAAUCAGCUCUCUGCGACCCACAGCUGCACCUCCUUUCCCAUGGGUUUUGGGAGCUGGGGGUGGUGGGGUGAAGCCUCACAUUACCACAGUAACUACAGCUAGUGUGUCGGUGCUGGCAGAGAGUGAUGUGAUCCUGCCUUGCAAAGCAACAGGAAAUCCUCAACCAAAUAUUGCAUGGACUAAAGUCUCUACAGGUGCCACAAUUCCAGCCAAUACCAAGCACGGUCUCCGCUUUGAAGUAUUCAAAAAUGGAACUUUUGUUAUUAAAAACAUCCAGCUCCAGGAUCGUGGCCAGUACCUCUGCACAGCCCAGAACAGGUUUGGAUCAGAUCGCAUGGUCAUCACCUUAGCUGUGCAGACUGAGACACCCAAAAUCCAACUGCCUAAGUCCACAGAGAUAGCAGCAUACCUAGGGAAAAGUGUGGCUCUCAACUGCCUUGCAUCUGGAAAACCACCUGCCCAAAUCUCCUGGAUUCUUCCAGACAGGACAUUUGUACGUGAAGUUGGGACUGUUCACACUCUCCUUUCUCCAGUGUCUCUGCUUCAAAAUGGGACCCUACAAAUUCACUCUUCCAAUUUCUCCAGCAAAGGAGACUAUAAAUGUAUUGCAAGUAAUGCAGCAGGUGCUGAUACAAUCACUUAUCACCUCCAUGUGGCAGCUCUACCUCCAAGCAUAAGUGAAGGAGUAAUGGAUACUGUGAUCAUUCAGCCAGGCAGGAAUGUGUAUGUCCACUGCUCUGUGAAGGGUGAACCAGUGCCUGCUCUUAAAUGGAUACUCCCGGCAGGCCUCCAUGUUAAGCCAUCGCAGGUCCUGGGACGCAGGCUGUUUGUUUUUCCCAAUGGGACACUGUUUGUGAAGAAUGUUUUGCCAUCUGAUGGUGGGAGGUAUGAGUGUUUGGCCACUAAUGUUGUGGGCAUUGCUAAAAGAACCAUCCAGCUGGAGGUGAGGUCAGAUCCCCCCUCCUUCUCACACCAACCUCCUCCUCUUCCCAUCCCUCCAAUCCACCGACAUGCUGUGCCAUCCCGCCAACACUCUGUCUCAGCUAUGUAUGGUUCUGCUGUCUACCUUCACUGUCCAGAGUCUACUGGAUCCACAAGAGGGACCAUCUGGCAACUACCCUCCAAGACCAUCAUGGAGCAUCGGUACAGUCCAGAGAGACCAAUUAAAGUUUUCCAGAAUGGGACUCUGAGGAUUCUUCAACUAACAGAGCUGGAUGGUGGAAAUUAUGUAUGUGUCUUUCAGCGGCCCAAUGGGGAGGACAUGGAGCUCUUCCAGGUGGAGGUGUUAAUGACUCCUCCAAGGAUCGAACAUGUUCGGACUGCACAGACCAGGGUCGCCUUCGGAGAAAAAUUCCAGGUGGACUGUGUUGCAACAGGCCUCCCCGAUCCAGAGGUUUCCUGGAGUCUCCCAGAUGGAACUUUAAUCAACAAUGCUCUUCAGUCGGAUGACAGUGGCCUCCGCAACCGCCGCUAUGUUAUUUUUGGCAAUGGAACUUUACUUCUCCAGCAGAUGGGCAAAAAAGAUGAGGGUGACUACACUUGUUAUGCCAAGAACAAACUGGGCAAAGAUGAAAGAAAAGUGAGUGUCAAAGUGGAACCGAAUGCUCCAAAGAUUAGAUUAAAAUCACAGUCAGUGGUUACAGUAAAGUUAGGACAGUCAGCUAAACUGAGUUGUCAGGCAACAGGUGAACCUGCACCAAGAAUCAUCUGGAUCUCGCCACGAAGUGAUGUGAUAUCUGCCUCAUCGGACAAAAUUCAGAUUAUGGAUGAUGGGACAUUAGUAGUGAAUAAAGUAACACUGGCUGAUGAAGGGAAAUAUGCAUGUGUGGCACGAAAUUCUGCUGGUGAUGAUGUUAAAAACACGAAACUUGAAGUUGAACCCCAGGAGCCUUUUAUCAAUGGCAUGAAAGGGAAGAGUACCUCAAAGGUUUUGGGCGUUUCCUAUCAAACAGCGCUUCUGAAUUGCAGAGUGGAAGGGAAACCUGAACCAAGAGUCUGGUGGGUUACUCCAUAUGGCCUAUCGCUCACAACACCCUACCUUGGUGGUCGCUUCCAAGUCCAUGGAAACGGAAGCUUGGAGUUGAGAGGAGUGAGGAAAACAGAUGAAGGGAGAUACAUGUGUCUGGCUAAAAACAAUCUGGGUGAGGCCUCAUUUUUGGUUGAAUUAGAUGUGGCAUCACUAGCCGAGAAACCUAGUUUUGCUGUUCCCAAUAUUGAAAUCUUACCAAUAAAGCAAGAUGGUGGGGAACUGAUCCUAGAGUGUCCUGCUCGUGGCAAGCCAAAUCCAGAGUUUGCAUGGGUACUACCCAAUGGAACGAUGUUAAUGCCUGGUGUUAGACUCCAACGUUUCACCCAUCAUCAGGGUAACGGAACUCUACGGAUCUGGCAACCAGUUGCAAGUGAUAAGGGGGUGUACCGGUGCCUAGCAAAAAAUGUGGCAGGACAAGCAGAGAAACGUUAUGCCCUGGAGGCAGGCAGGAAACCGGUGAUCAGAGGAUCUACAGGUGGGAUGAAGAUCUCUUACGGCCUCAGUCUCAACUUGCCCUGCACUGUGGAUGGCUGGCCACAGGCAUCUAUCACAUGGACCCUACCCAAUGGCCUUGUUUUGGACAAACCUCAAACCAUAGGCCGAAUAUCUUUCUUUGCAAAUGGGACCUUCCAGCUCCGGCAGGUCACUACAUUUGACAAAGGAACAUACACCUGUAAAGCCUACAACUCUUUUGGCUCAUCAACAUUAUCUUAUCCAGUUGCGGUCAUGGUUUUCCCACCACGUAUCACUAACACACUAACUUCAAUCACAAGAGUCAACCGGGGAUCACCAGUGACAUUAAAUUGUGUUGCAACUGGUUUUCCCAAGCCAGAUAUAUCAUGGACGUUGCCUGGACGCACAACGCUGGUUCCACACAACCGGUACACAGUGCAGGGAGGGAUUCACAUGACAGAGGAGGGCAGUCUGGUCAUACAGAACCCUAUGCUCAUGAACUCAGGCAUUUACAAAUGCAAUGCUAAAAACGCACUCGGAACAGACUUUAAAUCGACAUAUCUACAAGUGGUCUGAGUAUUCUGUUGGGAAAAUCUCAGAGACUGGGGGUGGAGCACUCCCUCAGGAUUUCAAUAUACUGUACAUGUUAGGAUGCUCCGGAGACAGACUUAAAGCUGCCCGAUCGGUGAUUUGCUUUGAGAUACCUUCCAAGAAAGCAGACAGUUUCAGAAGCGACCUUCACAGUGAACAUUCAUCAUUUGUGAUUUGUUACUGCAAGUAUGUUUUUUUGUGGUGCAAAUGUUGCAGAAGUCAUGAUUCUGCAUUUUGGACCUUAAAAUAUAUAUUCACUUCUCUUAAUGCCUUUGUCUACUUAAGGCUUUGAUUUUUCAGCCUUACCUCAAACAUGUGCUUUCAUUAUUCCCCUUACAGCAUUAUAGUGUGUAAAGUUUUACGUACUCUACUUAACUUUAGAAAACACAGAAGAGACAUUCCCCUCACAUUCAUCAACAGACAGUAAUAUGGAGUGGAGUGGCAUAAUUCCUAUACAUUGGUAUAGCAUCAACUCUACAAUUCCUGCUUAUAAAGUGCCAUAUUUUAUGAACUUUUAGUGAGCAGUGAUUCUUUUGUGUGAGGAUUCAAAUACCCUCUAAUGCCACUGUGUAUCACAUGAAUGAAUUACUGUAUGUAUCAAUGUCAUUUAUUCAUGUUCAUAAUGGUCAGAACUUGGUAAUAGAUCAUAAUGGCUAUAUUGUGAGCUUGCAGU